CUCCUCUGGUCAGAAAGAGGGAGCGAGAAAAGACAGAGAAACCUUAUCUGCUUCCCAUUCAACCAAACCUCCUCCUACCCCUCUCUCUCUCUCUCUCUCUCUCUUCCAGAGCAGGCGAAAGGAGGAGGAGGAGGAGGAGGAGGAGGAGGAGGUGGUGGUGAUUGAAGAUGAGGAUUAUGAAGAAGAUGGUUUCAGCAGGUGGUGGGGCAAUAGAGAGAAAGACAUGGAUUCUCCCUCUCUCUACCUUGUCAAUCUCCUCUCUCUUCCUCCUCUUCCUCACAACUGAUGUUGCCUUUCUCUCCUCUUUCUCUCUCAUCCCCUACAACCCCUUUUCUUCCGACUCUUCGGAGACCGUCUUUGUAGAAUCGAAGUUCCUGCAACUCACUGCUGCUUCUUCUUCUUCUUCUUCGUUGCCAUCUCCUCCUCGCUUUGCAUAUCUGAUAUCGGGCUCGAAAGGGGAUGGAGAGAGACUGAAGAGAACGCUUCAGGCUCUCUAUCACCCGCUCAAUUUCUACGCCGUGCAUUUGGACCUGGAGUCUCCUCCUGCAGAGAGAAUGGAGCUGGAAAAGUAUGUGCGCGAAGAGGAUGUGUUUUCGAAGGUGGGGAAUGUGGUGGUGAUGAGUAAGGCCAAUUUGGUGACUUAUAAAGGCCCCACCAUGGUCGCAAACACUCUGCACGCUGCAGCUAUUCUCCUGCGCAAGAGCGCGGAAUGGGACUGGUUCAUCAACCUCAGUGCCUCUGAUUACCCCCUUGUUACUCAAGAUGAUCUUCUGCACACUUUUUCUUAUUUGCCGAGGGAUCUCAAUUUCAUUGAGCACACCAGCAACAUAGGUUGGAAAGAGUUUCAGAGGGCGAGGCCUAUCAUCAUAGAUCCAGGUUUGUACGCGUCCAACAAAUCGGACGUUUUCUGGGUUUCUCAGAGGAGAAGUGUUCCCACGUCAUUCAAACUCUUCACAGGCUCCGCAUGGAUGGUGCUCUCACGUUCCUUCAUGGAGUUCUGCAUAUGGGGGUGGGACAACCUCCCACGAAGGGUCCUAAUGUAUUACGCCAACUUCAUAUCUUCGCCUGAGGGUUACUUCCACACUGUCAUUUGCAACACUAAGGAGUUUCGCAACACCACUGUGAACCAUGAUCUUCACUACAUUGCAUGGGACAACCCUCCAAAGCAACACCCACAUAACCUUGGCCUAAAUGAUACCCAAAUGAUGAUUGAUAGCAAUGCCCCCUUUGCAAGAAAGUUCAAAAGAGAUGACCCUGUGCUUGACAAGAUUGAUGCCGAGCUCUUGGGUCGCUCCAAAGGUGCACUUUUGCCUGGGGGCUGGUGUAGUGGAGAUGGGCAAAAUGGGAGCAAUCCAUGUUCGGUUUUGGGGGAUCCGAGUGUACUUAGGCCUGGUCCAGGGGCCAUGAGGCUCGAGCACCUCACUGUAGAUUUGCUUUCUCACCGUAAGUUUAGGCCAAGGCAAUGCAGGUAAUGACACAACAAUGUUGUUGUUGCAACCUAUAUAUUUGCAGCCAGUGGGAAGCUUGGCACAUUCAUCAUCAUAACAUCAUUAUUGCCAUACAUGGGGUGACUGAUUGUGGUUUCCCACGAAUGAGAAAAACUUGAUUCUUUCUUAAAGAAUAUCACUCGGCAAUAAAGGAGGUGAUAAGAUGGGUGAAUUGAUGGUGGUUCAUGCCGGUGGUGAUAGAUGGGCAAGCAUGUGUGGUUUGCCAUUUGAUAUGCUGUCAUAAGAAUUGAAUCAGUUGGCUCGCAAAGUAGGAAAGUUUUCUGAGCUUUGUUUCAUCUUUUUUGCCAUGCGCUUUACUGCUGCCCAUGCUCUUCCAGCUUGAAGUGCGGAAUGGAAUUUGAAAGUGUCAAUUCCAUGUGGCUACCUGUACAGUUUCAUGCAAUCGUAAGUAAAAGAAAGGGAAACCACAAACUUUUGAGUUCUGAAAGUUGCAUUAUGUUCACAUGACAGUUUUGUUCCAUCUAAAUGCACAAUCCGUUGUGCAAGAGAAUGUUAUGAGAAGAAAUGAAAGGGAAUAAUAUCAUGAGCUAAAUUCAAUUUCAUGCUUUUGUGGCUCAUUUUCCCUGUGAGAAAAUGGAGAAAAAUUAGACAAGCCUCUGAGGACUAGAAUGUUGGAUUCUUUUGCUAAAAUUGUGGGCUGAACUACUAGAGCACUACAAGCUACCUCAUAAAAGUCAUGAGGUAGGGUUGAGAUUGAUAAAUGUGUAUGUCUCACUUGUGCAGUCAGGAUUGCACCCUCUCAUGACUGAAUUUUACAAUCACAGUGAUCCUUGUGGAAGUAAAAACAGUUUUGAAACUUCA